AUGUUUAAUAUUGGAUUUGAUUAGGAUGUUGAAUUAAGGGCUGUCUAAAAUGAAGAUUUUGAAUAAUAAUAUCUUGAUCAUUGUUUAAGAGAAUCAAGAAAAGAGCCAAAUACCUCCUACCCUCGUAUUAGCAGAAGUCUUAGUUCAAAAAGUAUUGAAGCUGAAUGUCUUCAUAAAGCACCAGAUACACCAUUUGAUGAGAUUAUUACAUCAGCUUAAAGUUCAGAUCUUCUUGGUCGUAAGAUUAAUUAACAAAAUGAAAGAAGAGGAAGUGUUCCAAGUACAGGAACAAGUUUGAUGUGUAGUUUUUAUAUUCGUAGAUUCAUGGAAAAAAUCUCUUAAAGUAGAAAGAGAAUUUUGAGUAUGAAUGAAAUCCAUUUUAAUUUAAUAGAAGAUAGAGCUGCUGAUAUGUAUAUAUUAUUUUAAGUAGGUAAAAUUUAUUUAAUUACUAACAUCAAUGCAAAAAGUAAGGAUCAUCUUUGGGAAGAAUGAAGGCCUUUUUAAGGAAAGAUACUGGAAUAAGGAAUAAAAGUAUCAUUGAAUAGAUGAAAUCAAGAUUAAAAAUAAUGAAGAAAAACUUUUUAGAUUUUAUUACUACUGUAGUAAACAGGAUUCCAAUAGUAUAACCAGAAUCACGUUUUAAAAUGAUUUGGGAUUUCUUUGCUUCUUUUUUUAGAAUUAUUUUAGUAUUACUUAUUCCUUUGGAAAUAGCAUUUGAACCUGGUAUAUUGUUUAUUAAUUAUAUUUUUUUGACUGCUUUAAUAAUUGUAAUAUUGCAAAUUGACUUUUUGAUAAGAAUUAACACAUUAUAAUAUAGAAAUGGAGCUGCUAUUCAAAAUAGAUGGGAUUUAUUAAUAUAUUAAUUGAAAUAGGAAUUUUUGACUGAUUUUUCAACUUCAUUUGUGCUGAUCAUUUUUAUGAUCAUACCAUAAAUCAAUAAUAAAAUUAAUUUAUUUUUACUUGUUGUUUUAGCUCAAUAUAAAUAUAUUUAUGAAACUUUUGCAAAGAGUGAUUAAAUAUCUUAUUUAACAAGACCUUUAAGAGGAGUAAUAGGUUUAGUAAAGUUUAUAUUAACAUUAUUGUUUAUUCUACAUCUUUUUAGUUGUAUAUGGUUUUGGUUUAGUUAAAUAAGUAUAGACGAUUCUUGGAUAAGAUUUAAUGGUUUAGAUUUAAAACCAUGGGAAUUGUAAUAUUUAGAAGCAUUAUAUUUUGCAGUAGUUACUAUGUUAACUAUUGGUUAUGGAGAUAAUGUUCCCAAAAACUCUAUCGAAAAGAUUGUGACAAUAAUAUUCAUUUUGGGGGCAUGUAAUAUUCAGAAUAAUAUAUUAGGUUUAUGGUUCUCUUAUAGUGUUAAUUUUAUUGGUUAAAUUAUCAACGAUAUCACUUAAAAUUAAGUUGAAAGGAAUAGAAAAAUGAGAGUUAUUAAUAAAUAUAUGGAUUAAAGAAAGAUACCAUUUAAUAUGAAACAUAAGUAUUCAUUCAAUUCAGCUAUUUAGAAUUAAAGAGUAUUUGACUUUCAGAUGGAAAGAGGAUGAUGAAGUUGAUUUAGAAAUUGAAUAAACACUUUUAGAAUAAUUGUCAGAUGAACUUAAGGAGGAAUUAGAUAAAGAAGUGCAUAAAAUAUUUAUUAUAAAAUCAGCUUUUCUUUAAAAUUUUGGAUAAGAUUUUAAAGAUGCUCUAUCAAAAUCAAUUAAAAGAAAAAUUAUUCCACCAUAAAAUACAUUUUCAAUUGAUUUUGAUGGUUAAUAACAUUUAUGUUUUGUAGAAUAAGGCAUUUUACUUUAUUAACAUCCUGAUAGAAAGUAAAGAUCAAAAAUGAAUUCUUAAAUAAAAUAAGAAUAAUUUUUUUGUGUUAGAGAAUUUAUUAUUCAAAGUCCCAAUAUUGAAUUUUUUAAAUCUAAUGGUUAUGUGAGUUUGUUAAUUCUUUCUAAAAAGGAUUUUAUGGAUACAAUAAAAAACUAUCCAGAAGAUUUUUAAAAGUUUUGUGAAAUAAAAGAUUAAAUGAAUUUAAAUCUAUAUCCUCCAUAAAUAGAAAAUGGAGUAUUUUGUCCAGCAUGUCUAUUAUUUAAUCAUAAUUUAAAAAGUUGUCCUCAAAUUUAAUACAUACCAGAUAGAGAAGUUAUCUUAAAAAAAUAUUUAUUACCACGAGAAUAGAAACGAAAAUAUUAAAAUAGAGAACAUUCCAAAAGAUUUUAUAGUGAUUAAAUUAUUAAAAGAGCUAGAUUAGAAAAAGAUUUAAUUUAGUAAUUUGCUCAAGUAUUUUAAACUGAAAAUAUUUAAUUAAUUUAAGAAUAAUAAAAGAUUCAAUUAGUUUAUGAAUAAGAAUCUAUUAGUUCAAGUGCAGAUGUUAGUCCUUGCUUUAACAUGUAGAAUGAUGGCAGAUUUUAAGCAGCGGUUUCAAAAUCAAAAAGAAUUAUAAAUGAACCAUAGAGUUAAGGAUCUAUUACUUCAAAAUUAGUUGAUGUCAGAUCUAAUCUUCAUUAAGCUUUAUAAAAUAGAAAAUAAUCUAUAUUUAAUCUAAAUUUCUCUUCAGGAUUGGGUAGAAGUCCAAAGAGUAUGCUUCUCUGUUAGACAGACUAUAUAAAAGAAGAUGAAGAAAGUGAGGAGAGUAGUAAUGGUAGUGAAGUUAGUUAAAAAUAAGAAGAAAAAAAAGAAAAGAAUGGAUUAACAGUUGCAGAUUUUAAUGAUAAUAUGAUAGAAAAUAUUACUAAUUUAUAUCAUCAACUUUAAAGAGAAUUAGAACUUAAUGAGAAUGAUUUAACUAUAUAAAAGGCAUACUUUUAGAUUGAACCUCUUUAUUGGUAAUUUAAUUAGUAAAGAUUAUAUGAUUUUGAAGUUAUGGCAUCUUAUGAUUGUUUCUUUAAAAAUGAUAAUUUUAAUGAAAUCAUUAAAAAUAAUCAUAAUCAUAAUUUGAAUUGGCAAUCAUCAUUUCUUGAAAAGUUACAAAAAUAUAUGCUUUAUCCAUUUGUUUUUAUUUAAAAAUAUCUAAAUAAAAAAAGAAAUCUAAUUAAUCCUGAAAAAAUUAAACAUGAUCCUUCAAAAAGAUUAAAUAAUAGAUUGAAAACUUUAAAAAAUAGUUUGAAAUUAAAAAAGAAGUCAGUCAUAGUCAAACCAAUUUAGAAAUUAGGGAAAGUAGUUCCAGAAAUAUGA